AUGGAUAGAGAGUCUGUCUACACCUUGAGUGUCUUUCCCGAGGACCGCAGCCAGACCGGCCCUGAUUCUCGCGGCGCCAUACAAGAACAGCUUGUCAACUUCAUCUUGGACUUUAACAUCCAGAAUGCCUUUCUCUACAGAGAUCAGAUCCGAGAAAAUGUCCUCUCCAAGCAGUACUACUGCGACGUCGACAUGGCCCACCUCAUUGCCUACGACGAGCACUUGGCCCACCGCCUGAAUAACGAGCCCGGCGACAUGGUCCCGCUGUUUGAAGCUGCCAUCAAACAUUGCGCCCAGCGCAUCGUCUAUCCUUCACAGCGCAACAUCAAUCUGCCUGCGCACCAGCUCCUGCUGCACUCAUCUGUCACCCAGACCUUGAUCCGCGGCCUCACUGCCAUGCACGUCUCUCAUCUGGUUCGCAUCCCUGGAAUCGUCAUUGGCGCCAGCACUCUUUCAUCGAAAGCCACCGUCUUGCAUAUCCAGUGUCGCAAUUGCCAGCACUCUCAGAACAUCUCCGUCUUGGGCGGCUUCUCUGGCCUCACCCUGCCCCGAACCUGCGCUCGUUCUACCCAACCUGGCGAAGACUCGGCAAAAUGUCCCCUGGAUCCGUAUUUUGUCGUCCACGAAAAGUGUCAAUUUAUCGACCAGCAGGUCAUCAAGCUACAAGAAGCGCCCGAUGAUGUUCCCGUCGGUGAACUGCCUCGCCACAUCCACAUCUCGGCAGACCGCUACCUGACAAAUCGUGUCGUUCCCGGUUCGCGAUGCACCGUCAUGGGUGUUUUCAGCACAUAUCAAUCAAAAACAAAAGGCUCAGGAGCUGCCGUCGCCAUUCGCACUCCAUACCUUCGCGCCGUCGGCAUACAGACUGACGUCGAUCACACUGCCAAAGGUGGUGCUCACUUCACCGACGAGGAGGAGCAAGACUUCUUGGAGAUGAGCAGGAGACCCGACCUUUAUGAGCGCUUUGCCGAGUGCAUUGCACCAUCUAUCUAUGGAAACAAGGACAUCAAAAAGGCCAUCACUUGCUUGCUUAUGGGCGGUAGCAAGAAGAUCCUACCUGAUGGCAUGAAACUUCGUGGUGACAUCAACGUCCUGCUUCUUGGUGAUCCCGGUACCGCCAAAUCUCAACUUCUCAAGUUUGUCGAAAAAGCGGCCCCCAUCGCCAUUUACACUUCCGGUAAAGGUUCUUCGGCAGCUGGUUUGACGGCUUCGGUGCAACGCGACCAGAACUCUCGCGAGUUCUACCUGGAAGGUGGUGCCAUGGUGCUAGCAGACGGUGGUGUAGUAUGUAUCGAUGAGUUUGACAAGAUGAGAGAUGAAGAUCGUGUCGCCAUCCACGAAGCCAUGGAACAGCAGACCAUUUCGAUCGCAAAGGCUGGUAUCACAACCAUUCUCAACGCUCGCACUUCGGUCCUCGCAGCUGCCAACCCUAUUUUUGGACGUUACGACGAUCUAAAAUCUCCUGGUGAGAAUAUCGACUUUCAAACAACCAUUCUCAGCAGAUUCGAUCUGAUCUUCAUCGUGAGAGAUGAACACGAUCGUGCCCGUGAUGAACGUAUCGCGAAGCACGUCAUGGGUAUUCACAUGGGCGGCAAUGGUUACCAAGAUCAACAACAAGCCGCACCAUCCAUUCCGGUCGAGAAGAUGAAGCGCUACAUUAGCUAUUGCAAAACUCGUUGCGCCCCUCGCCUUUCGCCCGAGGCAGCCGAGAAGCUCUCCUCCCACUUCGUCAGUAUCAGACGACAAGUCGCACAGGCCGAAGCAUCCGCCAACCAGCGUUCAAGCAUUCCAAUCACCGUCAGACAGCUAGAGUCCCUCGUCCGUAUCACCGAAGCCUUGGCCAAGAUUUCUCUGUCUCCGAUCGCCACAGAACAUCAUGUCGACGAGGCCAUCCGCCUGUUCCUAGGAAGUACCAUGGAUGCUGUUCUUUCGCAGAAUGGAGAGUCCAACGCCGCCAACGCUGCCGGUAUCUCUGGAAACCGUGAACUCGUCGACGAAAUCUCAAAGGUCGAAGACGAACUGCGAAAGCGCUUACCCAUUGGUUACACGGCAAGUCUGGCUACCUUGAGGCGAGAGUUCGUAGACCGCAAAAAGUUCUCGGAGCAAUCUCUCAAUAGAGCCAUCUGGGCACUACAGAAGAGAGAUAGCCUACAACUCCGCAAGGGUGGCGCACAAGUGUACAGAAGUGGAGUCUAA